ACAGCAUGCGCGUUUCUGUCUAAGGCGUUUGCCGGACACGGAGCAUGCGUACGGUAUCUGAAGUUGAUAAAUUGAAAUUGAACACGCGUGAUUAACCUUUCUAAAUAGAAAAAGGGACACGGGGGUCGAAAAAAGACAAACCCGCAGCAGAGCUCUUUGCAUAAGAAGAAAGAGCAUUUAUUUGUUCUAGGUGUCCCGUCCCCUUGUGUUUUAGAUUAGGCCCCGUUUGUGGCUUGGCAUGUCGAUAGUGACAGUACAGCUGGGGCAAUGUGGCAACCAGAUUGGCUUUGAGGUGUUUGAUGCUUUAUUUAGAGACUCGCACUGUUCCCAGGGACUCUGUUCUAAGAGAGAAAACGAGGCAUAUCAAGCAUCCUGCAAAGAAAGAUUUUUCAGGGAGGAAGAAAAUGGAGUUCCAGUGGCCCGGGCUGUUCUUGUUGACAUGGAACCUAAAGUUAUUAAUCAAACACUAUCAAAAGCUGCCCAGUCUGGCCGAUGGAAAUACGGUCAGCACACAAGCUUUUGUCAGAAACAAGGAUCUGGGAACAACUGGGCAUAUGGUUACUCUGUGCAUGGACCGAAGCAUGAAGAAUCUAUAAUGAACUUAAUCCAAACAGAGGUGGAGAAAUGUGACUCUUUGAGUGGAUUUUUCAUCAUAAUGAGUAUGGCCGGGGGAACAGGAUCAGGGCUGGGAGCCUUCAUCACCCAGAAGCUACAAAAUCAGUACUCCAGUUCCUUGAAAAUGAACCAGAUUAUAUGGCCUUAUGGAACGGGUGAGGUUAUUGUGCAGAACUACAACUCCAUCUUGACUCUCUCUCACUUGUACCGGUCUUCAGAUGCCCUUCUUAUCCACGAGAAUGACGCUAUCCAUAAGAUCUGUGCCAAACGGAUGAACAUCAAGCAGAUCUCCUUCAGAGAUUUAAAUCAAGUUCUUGCUCAUCAGCUGGGCAGUGUGCUCCAGCCUGCAUACUCUGAGGGCAGCUCAUCUCACUACCGCAGAAAUCUACUAGGAGACUUAAUGGAGCAUUUAGUUCCCCACCCCGAGUUUAAGAUGCUGGGUGUCCGUAACAUUCCUCAGAUGUCUGCGGAGUCCCUGGCAUACAGCACGUUUACCUGGGCUGGCCUCCUCAAGCAUUUAAGACAGAUGCUUAUUUCCAGUGCAAAAAUGGAAGAAGGUAUCGACUGGCAGGUGCGGCCUCCUCUGUCAGGCCUCCCACCUAUUGGCAAAGUGUCUGCCCACAAGGAACCCCAGUUUAACACUUCUCUUGCUAACUUGGUCAUCCUCCGAGGGAGAGAGGUGCACAGUGCGGACGUGGAGGGAUUUAAAGACCCAGCUCUCUACGCUUCCUGGUUGGAGCCUGUUGAUGCUUUCAGCGUGUGGAAAACCCAGCGAGCCUUUGACAAGUAUGAGAAGUCUGCAGCCCUGGUCAGCAAUAGCCAGCUCUUAGUAAAGCCACUGAAUAUGAUUGUGGGCAAGGCGUGGAAUAUGUUCUCAUCCAAAGCCUACAUCCAUCAGUACACAAAAUUUGGAAUGGAGGAAGAAGACUUUUUGGACAGCUUUACAUUGUUGGAACAAGUUGUUGCCAGCUAUGGUAGUCUUUGACCCUAAGCCGAGAGGAAAAGCUCUUUACAGGAUUUUUGGACUAAAAUAUUUUCAAAAUUGAGCUGUGCUCAGUGGUGCUUGCCUGUGAUCCCAGCACUCUGGAAUUAGAAGCAGGGGGAUCAGAAGCUCAAGGUCAUCCUUGGCUACAUUGAAAGUUUCAGGCCAACCUGGACUACAUGAGACCCUGUCUCAGACUAGAUAAAUAAAUACAAAUACUUGCUUUCAAGUUCAGUCUCUUAAGUAAUAAAGUUGAAUGCUGAUUCUGGUUUAUGUGCUCUGUCCACAGACACGAAGAAAACACUUCCAGCGGAGUGGAGCGUGUUUUCAGUGAAAACAUGUAUUUUGUAUUUCGUUUGUAAGAAGAAAAAAAGCAAUGCUUCUAUAAAGAACACCGUUUCUGUUGCGGGUCUCAAACUCUUGGGCUCCAGAUCCCUGACGCGGCCUCCAGGGCAGACUCUGGGCCUCGGAGUCUAGUUUAAAGGAACUCCUUUAAGAGAAUGCAAGGAGAGGGGUGUUCUGUUGCCCUCUGUGUUUCUAAAGCUUCAGUCUUUACAAUGAAAAAGCUUCACUAAACAUGAUGUAAACGUCCACAGUUCAAAUGAAAGCAACAGAGACUUUGAGUGUGCAUGUGGACUUUAAAAAAAGAUUGUAUUUGUGUGUGUAUGUAUGUAUGUGCGUGUGUGUGUGUUCAUGUGUGCACAUGAACAUGUAUGAAGCUACCCAUGGAGGGAACAUUAGACGCUUUGGAGCUGGAGGUGCAGGUGGGUUCUGACCCUCUACAAGUACAGUAAGCAUGCUGAGCCGUCUCUCCAGCUCCAGCGUGGUUAGUUGGUUUGUUUCCGAUU